AUGUGGAGGGCAAACAAGAAAGCCUGGACAACCAGGCAGUUCUUCACGGAGUGGUUUGUGGAGGUGUUUGCACCUGCAGUGAAGACAUACCUAAUAGAGAAGAAUCUACCACUCAAGGCCCUCCUGUUGAUGGACAAUGCCCCCGCACACCCUCCAGGCGUGGAAGAAGAAUUGGAGCUCACUCUGAGGGAGUUUUGGAAGAAUCACUUCAAUAUCCUCCACUGCCUGAAGCUUAUAGAUAAAGCCUGGGGUCAAGUUUCUGUGAGGUCCUUGCAGUCUGCCUGGAAAAAUCUGUGGCCGACCUGUGUGACAGCCAAGGAUUUUGAGGGAUUCGAGCCUUCAGUCCAGGAGUCUGCUGUGGUGGAGGACAUUGUGUCUCUGGGGAGGGCCAUAGGCAUUGAGGUGGACAGUGAUGAUGUGGAGGAGCUGGUGCAAGCACACUCUGAAGACCUCACCACUGACGAGCUGCGUCAACUUCACCAGGAACAGCUGCAGGAGGUAACUGAGGAGCUGUCUUCAGGGGAGGAGGAGGGGAACAGCAAGGAAAGUGUCUCCACUGCAGAGAUCAAGAAGUAUUUGCGGCAGUGGACAGAGUUGGGAAACUUCUUGGAGAGGUGCCACCCUGAUAUUGCUGCCGUACACAGAAACAUAAACCAGUUUGAUGAAAAUAUGAUGCAGCAUUUCAGAGACAUUUUGAAAAAAAGGCAAAGGCAGAUCACAUUAGACAGAUUCUUAUUGAAAAAGGAAUCUAGUGAGAGUGCAAGUGUUAGUGAGCCACAGCCCUCCACUAGUGGGUUCACAGGAAUCACACCAGGAGACGAGUUACCAGACGGUGACUCGUCCUCCGACGAAUAA